AUCGUUGUGCGGCUACAAAGUAAACUUUUCCCGAGGUCCCGUGACAUUGACGUCAUCUUGUAUUUCAUAUCAGAAAACAAUUUUACUUCCCGAGAUGAUCGAGGUGACAAGAGAGUAAUGUCGUUUAUGAACGUACUUUGUUGCUGUUUCAGCUCCUCAGAGAAUUCCACCAGACAACUGAACGAGAGACAACCUCUUUUGCAAGGGCAACCACAAUCUGCACGACAGGCUCGUCCAGCACACAAUGAAACACCCCAGAAAAGCGGCAGGUUCAUCGCCCGGGACGUUGGUAUCCCUGAAUUGGACCAGAGCUUCAAGGAUGUGGCUGAGAUAUUCAACCUGCAGCAAGGGCACCAUGAAGCCAUGACAGAAUGCCUCAACACGCUCAGGGAUCGCUACGGCUGUUCCUGUGGAGAUGGACUGUCUGAGUGCCUCAAGAGAAUCAAAGAAGAGCACGACACGCAUCACCAGAUCACCUUCCACAUGAAAGGCUAUGACUUCUCUCUGGCUGUGGUGCCGAAUGAUGAGGUUCCUAGCAAGCUACGCAGUAGCCAAGACAACAUCCGAGGCCUGUGCCAGGCUUCCAAGGCCAUCGUGGCUGCGGGCACCAAGCUCCAGGAGAUGAUUGGCUGGCUGACCAAGACAGAGGAGCAGCUGGCCAAUCAGGUGCUGGAGGAGGCCCCUGCCUACCAGGAACAGCAGAGGCUGGAAGACAACCUGAAAAAGAACCUUCAGGAGUGCCGACGAGCCCGAGAGCUGUCCACAGCCUACAGGGAGCAGGCCGGGAAGAUCCUCAACGAAGCUGCGCUACUGUCAGGGGUCAACCCCUGAUGCUCACUCUGACCGUCUUCUUUAGCCCCCAGUGGACAUGGUCUAGACUAUUAGGCGCAUAGACCUCUCCAGAAUAAGUCCCGCCUCCGUAACUUCCGUAU